UCUUUCGAAAAACAUAUGUAAUAUUCUAAAUUAAUUCAGAAUAUAAGUUAAAAACAACGCUAAGCUCACUCCAUCCAGUUACCAAUUUCCAUUUCAACCAAUGCACUGUCUUGAAUGCCAGCAUUUUUUAUAACCCUAAAAGUCUUUUCUUACUGGUAUCGCCAUAGUGUGUCACUUUUUAGAACUAUUAUAGUUGAACUGGUUCGUUCUGUACUUUCGUUUGUUUUGUGGUCGCUAUGUACUCUCCACAAAAUAAAAGUAUGGUUGUUUAAACUGUUUGUUAUGAAACUUGCUGAAAAAUAAAGAAAGUGUUGCUUGCAGUUUCAGACUAACUUAAAUUUGUUCAAAGUUAUAUUUACUGAGUUAAAUUCUGAGGACUACAUUGUAAAUACUGUAAAUCUUAAGGAUCUGUAAAUGUUAAGCGAAAAUACAUUCUAAAUUUUUAAAAUUUUGUUCUGAUAAGGAAACUUCAUAUGUUGAAUUGUACUCAAAAAUGGAAGAUGGAAUAUCAAAGGAAGAUCUACCAUCAACAUGGGAAAUCGAAUAAAAAUCGGAAGUCUGUUAAAAAUCAUAAAGAAGUGGAAAAACGAAGUAUUUUCAUCCCUGCAUACCAUAAUUUCGUGGAGCUAAGUUGCGGGGUUAUUGAUUUAAAACUUGAAAAUUUGGUAGGAAGGUGUAUGUAACGAGGCCUAUAUGGCUUGACCAACUCUUCAAGUGAAAAUUCAAGACUUUUGGAUGAACUAAGUGUUGCAAAUCAGCUUAUGGCCUUAGCAGAAACCCCUGAAUUAUUUACUAGGCCUGAAUUAAGUUCAAUCAAAUCCAUUGUUGAACCUGAAAUAACUUUGCAAACUGAAGACAUAUAUUUAGAAAAAAAAUGUGUCAUUGCCUUCAAGGAUCCUCCUGAGACUCUUGAAGAACUCAUUCAGAUGGAACAUAGUUAUGCCUUUAUCUGCCAAGAUUCUUAUGAAGAAAAAAAGCAAUCUGCUUCUGAAACUCUGUUGGCAAAAGAUUCCUUGAUUCAACCAGCAAUUCCUUCUAUCGAAAUGCAGGUUGAUUGCAAUACGAACUCUUUGAGUGAAAUUAUGACAGUCAAUAUUUUGAAGGAUAGUAAAAAUGAAGAAUCAAUUGUGUGUGAGGAUAUAUAUCAGAAUGAGAGUGAUAUUCCUCUUAUUUCUGAUGAAAGUAAUUAUGACUUUCAAAAGAAGUUAAGAAUUAUUCUAAAAGACUGCCAAACAGAUAGCAGCCUUUCUGAACUUUAUAAUUUGAGACAAAAAAGUACUUUUUCUGCAGAUUCAAACAAAUUACCAAAGAAAACUCGUUCAUCAUGUGAUUCUAAUGAUAUAGUUACUCUGCAGCAACCAUUAAAAAAAAGAAAAACAAUGAAGCAUAAUAGUUUCGAUGAUUCUGAAUGUACAUUAAAAAAUUUAAAAUUACAAAGCACACCUAAUAAAAUCAAAGAAAUGAAAUCUGAAAAUUUUGAAACAGAAAAUUUGGGAAUCAAAACAGAAUUGUUAACUGAAAAUGUUUUCAAUGCUACUUUAAGGAGUGUUGAAACAAAUGCAACAACUAAGAAUGCAAAUUCAAAAUAUCAAAUGAAGUUGCAAGAAUUAAAAAUUAAACCAGCAAAGCUUCUUUCUAUGCCUAAAAGUUGUAAAUCAAUUGAAAAUUUUGAUAAUGCUCCAGAUGAAAGAAAACAGGCAUUUUUUAUUGACUCUAAACCAUCCACUCCGGGAAAAAAAGAUUCUUUUGAUUGUAAAGAGAUAAUUCCAUUAUCUCCUAUUGUAACAAAAUGCAAUAAGAAAAAAUUAAUCAAACGAGAAAUAACAAGAUUUAUUGUUAAUAAAGAUGAACCUCCUCUUUUUAGCCAACCUGAUAUGAUGAUAAAAAUCGGUUCAGAUGAUUCAUCAAAGAAAGAUAUUAAAGAUAGUGAUAUGAGCAAUGAGCUCGAGGAAGCUUUUCAGUUAAAAGAUAUUUCUGUUUCUUUAUGCAAAGCUGAGGAUACUAUCAAUAAUGUUUUAAGUUUCUCUGAUAAUUCCACAGGUAAUAUGGAAACUAUAGAUAACAAUUUAAAAGUGGAAGCUUCUGAAGAAUCUAAAAUUUUAAAAGAAACAUCCCUUAAUGAAUGCAAUGAUUUUAAGCAAGAGAAUUCAUAUUUAAUGAAACAUGAGGAGUGUAUGAGUAAAAUGGAUACAUUAGAUUUCUCUACUGACAUUCAUCUACCCAAGAAUAAUGAUUCUGUAGAGAUUAGUCAAGUUAUGGUAAAUGAAAAGAAACAAAAUGACUCUGAAAAUCUCGAAACUAAAUUUCAAGGCAAUCCACCAGUUCCUGAUGCUGAAAUUAAACCAGGGCGUAAAUCUAGUCGCCUUAUAAAGAAAAAAGAAUUUUUUGAGUUUGUUUCAGAGCCUCCUAUUACACCUGCAGCAAAGAAAAAAGUUAAUGCUCAAAAGCCAAAAAAAGAAAAAUCAGAAAAGAAUAACAAGCAUAUCUCUGAGAUUGAUGUAAAUGAGAAUGAACCAGAUGAGGAAGAAGACGAUCCAGACAAACUAUGGUGCAUAUGCAGAAAGCCUCAUAAUAAUAGGUUUAUGAUUCAGUGUGAUACAUGUGAAGACUGGUUUCAUGGAACCUGUGUUGGUGUUACUAAGCAACAAGGCGUUCAAUUAGAAAAACAGGAAAAAGAAUGGAUUUGUCCAUCUUGUCGCUCUAAGGAUCAACAAAUUCCAGAGAAUGCAACAGAGGUUUUGCAAACUCCUAAUAAAAUUAAAUGUGGGAAAAAUUUGAAAAGGAAAGAAUCAGAAAAAGAUGUUACAAACAAGAGUAUUUUAUCUAAUAAUAAUAAAAAAGUUGGUGGAAGCUCCAUUGUGGACAAUAUCAUCAAAACCCCUGAAAAGCACCAAGAAAAUGAAAUUUUGGUUCUAGAAAAGCACCCAAAAAGUCAAAGAUCACCCCUAGAAAUGCAUCAAAAGAAUCAAAAAUCAUCUUUGGAAAUGCAUCAAAAGAAUCAAAGAUCACCUUUGGAUAAAUACCUGAAGAAUCAAAGUUCACCUAUGGAAAGACUUCAAAAGAAUCAAAAUUUACCAGUGGAAAAACACCAAAAGAGUCAAGCUGCAAACUGUGAAAGUGACACAGAUAAAAAACUGAAAUCGACACAAAAGAAACUUCAAGAUAAAAUAAAUGUUUUAUCAAAAAAAUCUAAUAAAGAAUUAGAUAAAGCAUUUUUAUCAAAAAAUGUUAGUCCAAAGCAGCAAUCAAAAGUAUUGCCUAUUUCCAAAAUGCUUUUUGCAAAUGAUAACAAAAAAGAUACUAUUAAAAAAGAAAACAAAUCUUCUAAAGAAACAUUAUCAAGCAUUAAAAAGAAACCACAGCAAACUUCAAAAUCUAAGGAAAUAAAAACUGUGCAGAAACAAAGACAUAAUUGUAUUCAAUGCCAAAAGAUAUCUAUGGCCAACUCUUGUUAUUGUAGCUCUGAAUGCAUAGAAAAGCAUGCAACACAGUGCUUAAAAUCCAUGCGUGAAGCAAGUGGAUCUUCAAAGGUACAAGAUUGGGAUUCUCAGAGAUUAGUUGUUUUUGACCGUUAUAAAGGGAAUGUUGUAACUGGAGAUAAAGGACCUAAAGCUGGAGAAAUUAUAUCUUGGCUGAAAGAAAAUCCGAGCUUUAUGAUUGCUUGCUCUUCCUCAUCAAUGACAGCCUCUAAAAAAGACAAUAAAAAAGAAUGUGAUUCUAGUUCAAAUAUAGAAAAAGCAGCUGCCAAAGUUAAUGAUGUACGAAUGAAUGUUAAAAAAACAUUAAAAAAUAUAUUGAUGGACAGGUGUAAAAACUCUGGUGACAUAAUAUUACCAGAAGAAGAAAUUAGGAAAAUCGCCGUCAAGAUUGAGGGGGAACUUUAUGCUCAGUUUAAGGAUACAAAUUUAAAGUAUAGAACUAAGUAUAGAAGCCUCAUGUUUAACAUAAAAGAUCCCAGAAAUCAAGGUUUGUUUAGAAAAAUCCUGCGAGGAGAGAUAUCUCCUGAUCAAGUAGUACAUAUGUCUGCUACUGAACUUGCAUCAGUGGAAUUAUCUAAGUGGAGAGAACAAGAAAUGCAACAUCAUUUAGAUAUGAUAAAACGAGUUCAGUUAGAACAACAGAAGUCUGGAAGUCUUUUAAAGAAAACUCAUAAAGGAGAGGUUGAGAUUGAAGAUGAUAUAACCAUUAUUGAGCAAGAUGUUUUAAAACCUGUUCCAAAAAGUGACACCGAUGAAAGUUUUGACAUUGAUAAAGAACAAGAAGACUCUACUAAUGAUACGACUCAACUACAUCGUUCUCAUUUGUUUGAUUUGAAUUGCAAAAUAUGCACUGGCAAAGUUGCACCACCUCCUGAUGAGAAUAUUCCAAAGAAAGUUCGCAUUGCUCACUCAAUAUCUGUUGAUGCUAGCUCUCCUAAUACAACUGAUUUAGUAUCUCGAGUCGUUGAAAGAAAAUCUUCCAUUUCAAGUACUGGAGAUGAUUCUUUGGACCAAGAACCUACUUCAACUGUAUCUUUUGGGUCUCUCAAUAUUGAUGAAGAAGACUGUCAAAUUAUGGAAUCAAAAAGUGCAACUUCGGUUUGGAAAGGAUUUAUUUUUAUGCAAGAUAUAGCAAAAUUUGUAACCAGUGCUUAUAAAGUGUCAGGACAAACAGACCGCCUUCACUCAGAUUUACCUGAUACUAUUCAGGUGUGUGGAAGAAUCAUACCUGAUCAAGUGUGGGAUUAUAUAAGCAAAAUAAAGCAGUCUGGAAACAAAGAGCUUAUAAUUAUUCAGUUUCAAGCUGCUAAUGAUGAAGAGUCUGUAUCUUACAAUACAUUUUAUUCAUACCUCAACUCCAGAAAACGAUAUGGUGUUGUUUCGAAUUAUUCCAGAAAAAUUAAAGAUUUUUACAUCGUUCCACUGGCUGCUACAAGUCCAGUUCCAACUGUUCUUAUGCCAUUUGAUGGUCCAGGUCUACCUUCUCCUAGACCCCAUUUAUUAUUGGGUGUGAUUGUUCGUCAUAAAGCUAAACAAGCACCACAAGUAUGUGCACCAAAGAAUACAGUAUCUAAAUCGAAUGAAUUAAGUGAUGGCUCUUACACACCACCUUUUGAACCACGUUCAUAUACACCACCCCUACCUGCAGUUGAUGAACAACCACUUGGAGUAGAGUCAGAAUGUAGUUCUUCAUCCAACAAUUGUUAUGAUAGUAAACCUUCAUUUCAUUCAAGUGAAAAGAAUGAAAAAAAUACCUCUUCAAUUUUAAAGAAAAAAAAUGAAUCCAAAGAGCGGGAGGAAAGUAAACCUUAUGAUCCUGAGCAAGAUGUUCUUAGUUUAUCAGUUGAAGAGUGUGGCAGAAAGAAGGAAAUUUUAGAAGAGCAUAAAAAAAUUUUAGAUGCUCUAACAAAACAAGUGGAAGAAACUGAUCGAGAAGUGAGUGCUUUGAAGCAUUACGUAUCAAUCCCUAAAUCAUCUACAGAAGGGCAAAGUUCUAUAAGCGAUGACAUAAAUUCUGUAGUAGAAUCAGGAAUGACAACAUUUUUAGAUAUACCUGAAAAUUUACAAGAAAUCUUAAAUACUGUGCGUUUAAAAUCUGGGGACUCUGAAUUAAAAGAUGACGUUGACAUGAGAGUAAAUAAAAGUCACAUAAAUAAACUUUCAUUUAGUCUUCAAGAUGCAGUUGAGGCAGAAGAUAAAGCAACACCCCCAUCUGAAGAAUUUGAGAAACCAUAUCCUUCUGAUCCCCGUAUAAAACUCAGAACACCUUAUCAAGAAACGUCACCUGAAGAGGAAAUUACUUCUACUAAGAAGAAUUCUGAAAAAAGUAUAAAGCAAUCCACUACUUCAAUUCCUGUUAGAUUAAUGCCCACAAAUUGGAAUCAGUUUAGAGAACCACCACCUCCGGGAAUUGAGCCUUCUGAAUUACUAAUACCUGAUAUAUUUCAAGCAAAACCUGAUGAUUCUGUUUUGCUUUCUGCUCCACCACCACCCCCUCCUCCUCCACCACCACCACCACCCCCACAUUAUGUCUCUUCUUCAAUUGUGCAAGAUAAAUGUUGUCCGAGUUUUCCACCUCCAACCAUAUCUUACCAAACACAUUCUACAUUUUCUGUUCCCAAUAUUGUACAACCCCCAUUUUCACCACCUCCCCCUCUACCAAUUCAAACUUUGCCUUCUAAAGGAAAUGGUGAUCAGUGGUCCACUGGAUAUCAACCAAAAAAAGAAUGGAAUGAGUCUCAAUGGAGUUAUUCAGCUGAUACAUCUAGUGGUUACAGAAGGAAACAAACAAAUAAGCAUUGGGAAAGAAGGUAUAAUCGUGGUAUAGGUUUUAAACGUCCACUUAGAGGACAUAAAUUUGAGAACAAGCGUGGUAACAGUUAUAGAAAAAAUCAUAGAAACUGAUGUUUUUAUAUGAGCCAGGAUUUUAACUCUUUAAAUGUAACGUUGCAAACAAAUAGCUAUAUUUUUCACUUGUUAAUUGUCAUAUUUGUAUCAGUCAAGUGUGUUGCUGUUCUCUCAAAGCUUUAUAAAAAGCUGCAUUUUAGUGCCAUUAUUUUCAAAUGCAAAUUAAUCAUUGCUUAACAUUUAUUUCCUUUUUUUAUAGAUUCUUAUUGCAUAAUCACUUUAUGUUACUUUUUAAGGUAGAAAUAUUUCUCUUUUCAGAAAAAUGUAGAUUUACUUUUACUUUAGUUUAAGUUUUGAUUUACUUUUGUUAAAGUUUAAUUUAUUUAUUUAAAAAAUAACACAAAAGUCUUAAAGUGUUAAUAUUUUUUGUAUAAAAUCUGUAAAGUGAGAUGUUUAUCAGUCAUUUAAAAUUAAGCAUGUUUCUAUUCAUUUAUAAACAGUUUUAAAAGCAGUUUUUAUUUUUAAAUGUAUAUAUGUAUGCAUAUAUAUAAAUAUAUACAGUCAACGCAUCUUGUAACAGCCCUUGUAGACCGAGCAAAAAUGGACAUUGGAAUAUGAGGUCGUUAUAGCGUGAGUGUGCAAUAAUGCCUUAAAUAAUAACUCACAGCUAGAAAAUUACUCAAACAUGUUUAUGAAAGCAAUAUUAAUAAAAAUUUGACAAUGAACAGAAAAAUUAAUAACAGUGCAACUUUUUUCUUUAUCUAUGUAUAAAUGUAAACGUGCCUUUUAAAAUAAUAAUAUUUGAAAAAUACAAUACAAAUAAUAUACUGGUUCGGGGUUGCCAUUUUCAAUGAAUUACAUAUGUCAAGAUGACUGUUAAGACCACAUGUUUUAACUCGAAAAUAAAACGCAAAUGGCAACUGACAUUUCAAAAAAAAAUUUUAUAAUUUUCAAACAAGAAAUGUAUGAUUGAUCAAUUUAUAGUAUGUUUUAAAAAGAAAGUUACAUAGUUUUUGAAUCACCAUAAAUUAUGACCACCUAGGACUUUGGAAAAGAAUUUAGGGGGUCAUGUCUCUCUUAUUUCAUUCAAAGGGUAUUUAUUGUGCUGUAACUUCAGAGGCAAAAGUAGUUUAAUUAAUUUCUUUAAAAGUUUUUCUAAAUCAAAUGACUAAUUUUCGACAGCCGUAUUUGAAUGAACAGUUCAGUGCAGACAUUCUAAUAGACAUUAAAAUACAUUGUGUCUAUGGAAUAGCAAACAAGACUAUGCAUGGGUCAUUGUAGUGGAAGGGUUGCUGCUUAAAUGGAGUCGUACUAAAGAUCGUAGUUUAUGUAUGUAAUUUUUUAAUAUGACGGUUACAUUUUAUCUGCAUACAAAGUGCUAUUUUUAUUUUUGUCUAAAAUGUUUUUACCUUUAGCUAGUAAAAUAUAAGGUUUAAUAUAAUUGUAAUUUUGUUUUAAUUUUAAAUUAAUCAUAAAGUUAAUCAUUUAAGUUAAAUGUGUAUUACAAUAUUUCUGCUUUAUUUUUUCUGAAAAAUUGAAUUCCCUAAUUAUUUAAUUGCUAUUGAUAAAUUAAUUGUAAAAUAUUUUGUAAUAUAUUACUAGCGAUAUCAUAAAUAUGAUAAUGAUUUUUUACUGAGAUCAGAAAUAUUUGUUAUUUUAUAUAGAUUUUAGAGUUUUAUUAUUUAUAUUUUAAUCAAAAAUCAGAUCAUUUUUGUUUAUUAAUUUCACCACUGAAUUGUUCUGUAAUUAAAGAUGUCUCUGUAAUGUCUUUCAGAUGAUCUCGAUCAAUCUUAUGAAGCUUCUUUACAUAGGAUUAAAUUUAACUCUUUUUUCUGGUUUAAAUCUGCCAUAUUGAAGAACUAAUUGAGUUUUAUUUGUUAAGAAUAAAUUUGUAAUUGAGAAUAAAAAGUAAAUCACUUAAAUAUUUUUUAUGUAAUGUGAUCAUAUUGAGCCCAAAAUACAUGCAGCGUUAGUUUCACUUUUGCCUAAAAAUGUCAAAUACUUCAAUUUGAAAAUAUUUUUUCCUUUGUUCAGUUAGUAUAACUGAUAGUAUCGACCAGCAUCUCUUUCAAUUUUUAUUUAAUGCGUUGUAUCACUUGUGAUAUAUGUUUUUUAAGAGAAAAAUAACAAUAAUUAGCUUCCUUUAUAUAUGUUCCUUUUGAAAAUAGAGCCCAAAACCUGAGUAUUGUAGAUAGGUCCCCAUAUAAUUCUAAACUAAAUUAAAGCUUAUUGACCCUCAAGUUAAUUUAAAUAUUAAAUUACCUGUAGUAAAUUUUAAGCACAUAACAUUGGCUAAUAUCCAAUGUUGCAUUCUAUAGGAAAAAUGUUUUAGUUUAUUUUAAAUGGUCAAAUUCAAUUUUUUUUUAAAUUUACUUUGUGUUUAAGACUAAAUGAACUUUACAACCUAGUGGAAUAUAGAAUGAAUUUAACAAUAAUCUAUUUUGAAAUAGUUUCGUAAUUGAUUUAAUAAAAAAUAUUUACUUUUUUAAAUUUCAAAAGUAUUUUAACUUCAUCACAGUUAAAAACAAAUUUUGAAACAAUUUUAUAAGAAAAUAUUUAUUUAAAAUAAAUUAACAGCUGUAAGUAAAGUAAGCCCUUUUUUAUAUUCAACUUGUUUAAGUGUUUGUUUCAGUGGAUAAACUUAAAGAAAAUUUUAUGUUUUAUAUUUACACUCCUUCCUUUUAGAUUUUUUUCUUAAAUAAAUCUGCUCUUAUAAAUCAUACAAUGAAGGAUUAUCAAAUUCUCUAAAGUUGAAUGAAAAUUAAAAUUUCUUAUUAAUUUUUGAGUAUAAAUAUAAACUGCAAAUUGAUAAGUAUUAUACUUUGUUAAUAAUAAUGAGUGAAGUGUCUGUUUCAUUAAGUAGUUUAAAGUGCUUCUAAAGCAGUUCAUUUGUGCCGCUUUGACAAGAAUUCUACAUACUUUGCAAAGAUUUAUCUAACUCUAAAAUCUGAACACAAAUUGUACUUAUUACCAUGUCAUUCAUGGGAGAAGUGAAGAUGACUUUUCCGUGUUAAACCGUUUUUUGAAAUAAAUUAAAUUUGAAUUAGUUUAUAUAAAAUAUUAAAAUUCUUUUUUAUUAUAUGCCAUCUUCUCAUUUUGUUGAAAAUGUGCUGCAGAAUUUAAAUUUAGGUACACCGAACAGGUUUUUCUUCUACUGGAUCUAUAACAUUUAAGAGAUGAAAAUACUUAACUAUAAAAAAAAACUUAUAAUUUAAGGAAUACUCAAUCAUUCUUAAAAGAAAUUGUAAUUGACUUAAUUUCUUGUACCAAUUAGAACUUUAGGUGAAUUAGAAUAAGUUCAGGCAGAUUAAUCCUCUUUCCUUCAAAUUAUUUCCUGAAUUGAUUUUCUUUUAAAUAUUCUGUACAUAAUGAAUCCUUUUGUUGUGCAUUUGUAUAUAGAUAUGUCAGAAAGAAUAAAUGAAUAUUGCUUUA